AUGGGAAUUGAAUCGUUUUUCCCGGUUCAAGAAGCAGCUUGGCUGGAAACAAUUGGUCCUGGCACUUUUGAGAGGGAUAUCUGUAUCAACUCCCCAACUGGAUCUGGCAAAACUCUUGCUUAUGCCCUACCUAUUGUGCAAAUGCUCUGCAAACGGAAAGUAAGGUGCUUACGAGCUUUGGUUGUGCUUCCUACACGGGAUUUAGCCUUGCAGGUUAAAGAGGUUUUUGAUGCUAUUGCUCCUGUGGUGGGCUUGUCAGUAGGUUCAGCAGUUGGUCAAUCAUCAAUAGCAGAUGAAGUUUCUAGUCUUGUCCGGAAGCCCAAACAAGAGUUUUACCCAACUAUUGACGAAGAAUAUGUCCAAAUGGAACCACAGACUAAAAUUGAUAUAUUGGUGGCAACCCCUGGAAGACUGAUGGAUCACAUUAACAUGACAAAUGGUUUCAGUCUGGAGCAUCUUCAGUACCUGGUCAUUGAUGAAACAGAUAGAAUGUUAAGAGAGGCUUAUCAAUCCUGGUUGCCAACAGUGAUCCAGCUUACACACUCAACUGGCCAAGAUCAUUCCUGGCAUGACAGUGAUGGGAAAACUCUACUUCAUCCAUUGACUGCUAUUAGAAGAUUUGAAUAUUCACGCUUGCAGCGUGAAUCUACUCGAAGGAAGACACUGGAGGCCUUCAAGGAAGGGAAAAUCGAUGUUCUAAUUGGCACAGAUAGAAUGGCUCGUGGAAUACAUAUUGAUGGUUUAAGAUAUGUUAUCAAUUAUGAUAUGCCACCAUAUGCGAAAACAUACAUACAUCGAGCGGGUCGGACUGCUAGAGCAGGGGAAUCUGGUUCCUGCUUCACCUUCUUAAGAAAGCAUGAGGUUAAAACUUUUGACAAAAUGCUCAAGAAGGCAGACAAUGCUAGCUGCAGUCUUCAUUCAUUGCCUGAGGAAUCAAUAGAAACACUUCGUCCAACUUUCUCCAGUGCUCUGAGGAAACUGGAAGAAUCACUGGAAUUGGAAGCAGCGAAGAAAUCUAAUUUAGGAGAUAAAAUGCCAGGUGCUUCUAAACGGAAGAGAUCAAAUCAGUAA